AUGGGGACGUCGCACCACAGAACCGCCUACAACCCCACAGCCAAUGGUAUAGUGGAGAGGUUCCAUCACUCCCUCAAGGCAUCCCUGAUGGCAAGUUGCGCUGGCAAUAAUUGGAAGAUGCAGCUACCUUGGGUCCUCCUCAGCCCCUGCACUGCUCCGAGGGCCAAUGGCGAAGCAUCACAUACAGAGAAAGUCUACAAGGAAACCUUGCCAGUCCCAGGAGAGUUCUUCCCAUCGUCAACUGAGGACAUUCCGAACGCCAGACUGCAAGAAUCAACAGGGAAAUUCCCCCCCUGCCUCAAGACUUUCUCUGACAGGGCAAGUCAUUUCCGGCCCAAGUCCCUAGAAACAAGUAAGAACGUCUUCGUCUGCCACGACGUGUACCGGCCGCCCCUGACAAGACCAUGCCGUGGCCUGUUCCCACUUCUCCACCGCUCGGAAAAGGCCUACCUCCUGUGUAUCAACGGACGAGAGGAUUGGGUCUCCAUCGACAGGUUGAAGCCAGCUUUCCUGACAGAGGAGGGCACCACUGAAGAUGGACCCACCAGCCGCCCCAGAACACCACCAGAACACCUUCCUUCCCCCGAAAUCCCCAGACUAUGCCAACGGCGCCGUGGCCAUCCGAAGACAGCAGUUGAACCCCCCAGGAUUCGCUCCAAGGGCGGAAUCCUGCCGCUGGACCCCCGGAGAUCACAAAUGACGAGAGCCUCCUGA